AUGCAGGGUUCGAAAGAAGGGCACAACGAGGCAGCUGCUGGAAGUCCUCGAGCGCGAUGGAGGGUACCCCCUGGGAUAUUUCUGUUCGCCGACGACAGGACCAUACAGCAUGUGUCUCCAACUGCCACACGACCUCUGGUGUCCGUGCUCUCUCAGCAGCUCUCAUCCUUGAAGGAGCCCUACGUGGAGGUGAGGCUGGUGAACAUACCCGAUCGGGGUCGGAGCGAUUCAAAGCCAUCUGUGGGUUUUGCGCCUCCAAAGAUCGCAGAUUCAAGGAAUCCAAGUUUGGAGGAGCUCAUCGUGAGGGUGGAGCCGGACGAGUGGGUUGUACGGCACAGAACAUCAAUGCUAAGGAAGAGCCUGGCUUCGUUUGGUGCCGGGGACACGAUCGGCAUGGGGGUCGACCAAGACAGUCAGAGUGUGUUUGUGGUGAAGAACGGACGUCGCAUCAAGAGCGAGAAGGUCUCUCCUGCGCUGGUGGCUGACCUGAUGGCCUGCGUGCCCGUCGUUGUGCUGUGCUCGGAGGGGUGCAUCGUUACAUGCGACCUGACGAAGAGGCCUCCCUCGUCAGAGAACAGGGUGUUCAAGACGAGCGAGAAUCUUCUCACGCACAAUCUGUGCAACAGCCUGAUGGCCUUCGAUGACAAGCACUUCAAGAGGCUCAAGUUUGGGAACCACCUUGUAGCAAAGAAGGUCGGGCCGGCAGGGCUGGAUACGCUGCAUGUGCGGAGGGCCCUGUCCGACAUGAAACACGAGUCCUUCCCCUUGAGCGAGGGCAUCCAGUACUUCGAGGUCACCUUCUCAUGCUUACCCUCGAGCAAGGAGAGCAUGCGGGAGAGGAAUGGAGUGCGUUCUCUGGACAGCCGCCUGGAGCGCACAGGCCGGGUCGGGCUGUUCCUGUGUGAUGGGAAGUUGGCCAAGGGGGCUCUGCACACGCAGAUGAAGGGAAAGGUGCUUGUGGUCUACGACAACGGCGUCGCUUCCUACGGUGGACAGGCGCUGUCUGUGGUUCUCAGCGACGACGUCAGCACAGCAGCUCCCAGCAAGCUGUUCAAGGAUGGAGAUAUCGUAGGGUGCGGGUUCAUCCAGAGGAAGGGGGUCGUCAUGCUCUUCGUCAACGGGAAGCCGCUGGGCUACGUCGACCGGGUGCAUGCAGAGAGGAACUUCCAGGCGCUGCCGCUCGCCGCAGCCUCACAGGAGGAGCAAGUGAUACUGUUCAACCUGGGCGAGACGACCUUCUCCUCGGACUGCAGCGACGUCCAACAGGCUGCGUCCCAGCACCUGUCCAGCUCGUCGGACGACUCCACGGCCAACACCAGCUAUGCGUCCGGGCAUGACAGCGCCGUUGACGCGGUCCUGUCGGAGAGGCUGGAGGAGGCGCCGAAGCAGGAGGAGGAUGGAAGGGAGGGAUGGCGCUCGGACGAGCUGAGAGCGAUUAUGGAGCACAUGGAGGCAGUGCUGUCGGCAACGGAGGACGCGAUGGUGACGACCAAGUCCAAGGUUGAGACUCUGCUCGAGCUGAUGAGACAGUCGGAGGAGCAGGUGGAGGAGCUGAGGGAGCUGAAGCAGGAGCUGUUGGUCCUCCAGGGCUCGGUGGAGUCCCUUGGAGCUGAGAAGAGGGUGCUGGAGUGGAGGCUGAAGGCGGAGCUGAGGGAGAAGAGGAAGAACGAGGAGCAGGAGGAGCACGUGGCAAUGAUGAUGAAGAAGACCUUGGAGCAGCUUGAAGAUGCGCACCGGCAGAUCGUAGAGGAGCUGGAUUCCUCCAAGUCGGCGCUGGAGGAGGAGCUGAAGAGGACGGUGGAGUCGGAGAGGAGGCUGAGGGAGGAGAAGGAGGUGCUGGAGAGCAGGUUGAAGGAGGCGGGAAGGACGAUCGACCUCUUCGAGGAGUCGUUCACGCACAGGAGGGAGGAGGAAGCGCUGUCGACAGGAGGGGCGGAGGAGGAGGUAGAGCGCAUGAGCCAAAUGCUCUUCGAGCAGGAGAAGAGGUUCGAGCAGCAGCUGCGCGCGGCGCAGUCGACGAUCUCGCAGCAGCAGCGGGACAUCCAGUCCUUGACCAACGUCAGUGCGAGCGCAGGCGGGAUGGAGGAGCUGCGGGGAGAGCUUGAUGCGUUUUGCUCGCAUCUCGAGGGGAUGAUGGAAGAGCUCGAGGGUACCCUGUGGAGGGCCGUGCAGACGAUCGUCUCGAGGAGGAACAACGAGAUUCUCGUCCUCCAGGAGAAAAUCCGUGGGCUCGAGCUGGAGGUCUCCCAGCUCUCGAGCAAGUCGAGCUGCUUCUUCGAGUCCUCCGCAGAACUCUCGCAGAUCCAUCCUGCUGCCCGCAUGGGCUCGUCCAGCCCCCCGAGCAUGCCGAUGGCUGCGCAGCGCGGAGGAGGGGAGGAGGCGGGAGGAGGGGAGAGCAGGGAGGAGGCGGUGAAGUCAGCAGAAGCGGAGAGAGAUCGGCUGCUGGUGGAGCUUUCGGUCUUGAAGGCCUUGCUGGAGGACAGGGAGCAGGAGGUGAACGCGCUGCGGCAACGGAACUCCUCGCUCGAGCAGCAGCUCAAGGUCAUGGAGAGGGAAGGGAGAGAGCUAGAGCAGCACGUGGAGGAGGAGGUUGAAAGGCUGAUGUCCAAGGUAUUCACGGAGCACGAGAACUCUAUCCGAUCGUUUGGCAAGAGGAUGGUAUGCUCGCUCAGCGACACCCAGGGCUCCUCGGUCUUCUACAGCCCCAUCUCCACCAUCCGGACUCCGUUCGGUGCUCCGAUCUCGGCCGUGGCGGACAGGGUGAAGGAGGCGGAGGAGAUGUGCAGGGUGAUCGAGGAGGAGGUGGAGCACACGAUAGAGAGCAUCUCGUCCCUCAGAUCAGCCCAUGCCUCCCUCGAGCUCCACAAACAGGAGCUGCAGAGCCUGGUGGAGCAGCAGCUGCAGGAGAGCGAUCAGGUGAAGCGGCGGGUCAGCUUCGGGGUGAUGGAGGAGCUCGCCUGCGGUGAGGGCAAGGCGGAGGAGCGAGUGAGAGCUGAUGCAGAUCGGUGCGACCAAUGCGGAUGCCAGUCUCGUCCACCAGGAGAAUCUUGUGAAGUGCAGACGCUCUUGUCAGCCCAGUCAGAGCUGACGAUCAUCAAGACCCUCGCAAGUGAGCUCACUGCGGAGCUGCGGCGAGUACAGGACGGCUUCGUCUUCGACAUCUCCUACCAGCAGUCUCUCGCCUCCGACCUCGAGAGGAAGAUCGAGCUCCAGGCGCGGGAGCUCGCGGACCAGCGGCGGUCAGCGAUGGAGGCGAGGGAGGAGGGGGCAGAGAGGGAGGCGAGGCUACGGGAGGAGGUGGAGGAGGCGAGGAGGGAGGCGGGGCGGGCAGGGGAGGAGGCCGAGGCAGCGAGGCAGCAAGCGUCACGCGUGUACCGUGAGGGCGUGGAAGAGGAUGAGAGGAUACAGGCGAGGGUAGAGGAGGCGCUCGCCAGCUGCCUGAGCACGUGGGAGUGCUUGCAGCUCGUCGGCUCGUCAGCAGCAGCAGGGCAGGAGACUCUACGGGAGGCCAAGCGGCAGGCAGACGAGGCCGCAGGGCGGGAGAGGAGGCUCGAGGAGACGAUCGAGGAGCUUCGGCGGGAGGCGGGCGAGCACAGGGAGGAGGCGAGAGGCUUGCAGCAGACGUGCGAGGAGCUGAAGGAUGUUGUGCUCCAGAGCCAGCGGGAGGCUCAAGCGUCGAACCAGCAUCGCGCGCUCGGGGACAGCCUGUGUCAGUCGUAUGCAGAGCUAGUGCUGGUGCAAGUAGCGGAGCUGGCGGCAGAGCUGCGGCGAGUACAGGACGGCUUCGUCUUCGACAUCUCCUACCAGCAGUCUCUCGCCUCCGACCUCGAGAGGAAGAUCGAGCUCCAGGCGCGGGAGCUCGCAGACCAGCGGCGGUCAGCGACGGAGGCGAGGGAGGAGGGGGCAGAGAGGGAGGCGAGGCUACGGGAGGAGGUGGAGGAGGCGAGGAGGGAGGCGGGGCGGGCAGGGGAGGAGGCCGAGGCAGCGAGGCAGCAAGCGUCACGCGUGUACCGUGAGGGCGUGGAAGAGGAUGAGAGGAUACAGGCGAGGGUAGAGGAGGCGCUCGCCAGCUGCCUGAGCACGUGGGAGUGCUUGCAGCUCGUCGGCUCGUCAGCAGCAGCAGGGCAGGAGACUCUACGGGAGGCCAAGCGGCAGGCAGACGAGGCCGCAGGGCGGGAGAGGAGGCUCGAGGAGACGAUCGAGGAGCUUCGGCGGGAGGCGGGCGAGCACAGGGAGGAGGCGAGAGGCUUGCAGCAGACGUGCGAGGAGCUGAAGGAUGUUAUGCUCCAGAGCCAGCGGGAGGCUCAAGCGUCGAACCAGCAUCGCGCGCUCGGGGACAGCCUGUGUCAGUCGUAUGCAGAGCUGGUGCUGGUGCAAGUAGCGGAGCUGGCGGCAGAGCUGCGGCGAGUACAGGACGGCUUCGUCUUCGACAUCUCCUACCAGCAGUCUCUCGCCUCCGACCUCGAGAGGAAGAUCGAGCUCCAGGCGCGGGAGCUCGCAGACCAGCGGCGGUCAGCGACGGAGGAGGCUCAAGCGUCGAACCAGCAUCGCGCGCUCGGGGACAGCCUGUGUCAGUCGUAUGCAGAGCUGGUGCUGGUGCAAGUAGCGGAGCUGGCGGCAGAGCUGCGGCGAGUACAGGACGGCUUCGUCUUCGACAUCUCCUACCAGCAGUCUCUCGCCUCCGACCUCGAGAGGAAGAUCGAGCUCCAGGCGCGGGAGCUCGCAGACCAGCGGCGCCUGUGUCAGUCGUAUGCAGAGCUAGUGCUGGUGCAAGUAGCGGAGCUGGCGGCAGAGCUGCGGCGAGUACAGGACGGCUUCGUCUUCGACAUCUCCUACCAGCAGUCUCUCGCCUCCGACCUCGAGAGGAAGAUCGAGCUCCAGGCGCGGGAGCUCGCGGACCAGCGGCGGUCAGCGACGGAGGCGAGGGAGGAGGGGGCAGAGAGGGAGGCGAGGCUACGGGAGGAGGUGGAGGAGGCGAGGAGGGAGGCGAGGCGGGCAGGGGAGGAGGCCGAGGCAGCGAGGCAGGAAGGCAUGCAGGCCAUCCAGUCAGCAGAGUCAGGAGGAGAGCAGCUGGAGGCGCUCGUCCUCGGCUCGUUGAGAUGCUGUGAGCGCCUCGAGCUCCUCCUGACGGGCCUGAGCGCGUCGGUGGUGGUGCAGAGCAGCAGCGUCUGCUACUCCAAGACGACCCUGCAGCAGUGCAUGGAUAUGCUCAGCCUGCUCAAGGCCGAGCACCAGGAUUGCCACCUGGCCUACGAGGAGCUCAGGAACGAGUACCAGCGGCUGCAAGCAGAGUUGCAGGAGGUGUACAAGGACCUUAAGGAGAUGAGGAGCGGGAAUGGCGUGAAGGGCACACAGAUUCGCAAGGACGGCAUGAUCCAAGAGCUGCAGCAGGAGAUCGCAGUGAUACGGCGAGAUCUGCGCAUCGAGUACUUGCUUCAGAGCGAGGAGCACUCGCGACAAGCCGCGGCUACGGUUGGAAUCUCAGCAGCAAGGCUGAGGAGCGAAUAUACGGGAGAGGCUCAGCGGACGCAAGUGCGGCAGAUGAGGACCUCGCAGCAGAUCGACGAUCUUGAUGAGACCCUUGUGGUGUAG